AUGUAAAUUACGCAAUUAUAAAUUACCGGUUUAGUUGUGUACUACAUGCAAGUAACAAAAUAUACAAUACUAUGAAAAAUAUGACUGGAACCAAUCGAUCAAUUUCUAGAAAACAAAAUUUGGCGAACUCUGUUCUUGAACACGGAAAAACUAUGAACAAAAACUUUUUAUAUGGGAAUCAUAAGGAUACACUAUAUAUACUAGGGGAGGGCAAGUUAACAUCGCCGGAGGCCUAGGGGGUAGGCAGAUGCCGCAGAGGUUUGAGCUCUAGGGGGUGGGGGGGAUUGGGCAGUGGUCCCCCCCCCCCUCUACCUGUACCUGCCUACGUCCAUGUACAACACGGCACGCGGAAGACUGAAUACUCAUCCACAGAUAGUAUCAGGCAUAACAUAAUCUAUUGCAAUUCAGAGAUACGCAGGAAUCACAAGUUGCUCCUGCGCGGAAUUAUAAUAGGAUCCUGUAGCGAGGCAAUGACCUGAGGUGACUUUCCGUCACAUUGCUAUUUUAAACGCUUGGACUGAUCCCAUCAGUCCGGGGGCCUAAUCAAGAUGACAAUCAACGACAGAAAACGCCAAUAGAAACUUAAUAAAUGAAUGGAAAUAGUUUCUUCUUCUUCGCGUUGUCCCAGCAUUUUUGCCACGGCUCAUGGGAGCCUGGGGUCCGCUUGGCAACUAAUCCAGAUAAUUAGUGUAGGCACUAGUUUUUACGAAAGCGACUGUCAUCUGACCUUCCAACCCAGAGGGUAAACUAGGCCUUAUUAGGAUUAGUCCGGUUUCCUCACAAUGUUUUCCUUUACCGAAAAGCACCCGAAAAGCGACUGGUAAAUAUCAAAUGAUAUUUCGUACAUAAAUUCCCAAAAACUCAUUGGUACGAGCCGGGGCUUAAGCCCGUGACCUCGGGAUUGCAAUUGCAUUUAAAAAAAAAAAAUUUUUUUUGUUCAUUUCAGAUAGAAUCCAUAGAGUAUUAAUAAUAAUUACAUAACACUUAAGCUACGAGUAUGUUAGUAUUGUACAGGCCAAAAAAAGUAAUAAAUAACAAUAAUAAUAAUUUAGUUUAAGUAUCUGCCACCCCCUGGAACACCCGGCACUUGCGCAUGCGUUCGAACCCAGUGUCCCAGAAUGGGGCAGUCCGUCUUCUGACUUAUGACCCUCAGGAUAGUGUUGGAUUCAUUUGGAUUGAUCACCCUGUAUAAUAGAAACAGAAGUAUAUUAUCGUACCUACAGAUGCAUUGUUGUCGUAUUUUACUGAGUUAUGUAAGGUGUGUGAAGCGGUUUAGUCUGAUAACGCUGCUAUCGAUGCUGACUGACUGUAGGUACGUGUAUUCACGAUAUACAUCGAGCUGAUAUUAUGAUGAUACUCCUGACCGAUAUCGGCCACAGCGACUGUGUCCUUUUUUAAUUGGUGUAGUAUCCAUUUUUAAUUCGUUAUUAGAGUGCAUUUUGGGCACGUCAGCACAUCAUCUACAUUAUGUAGGAAAUAGCUAGAGGAUGGUGCCCGAGCCUUAAGGUCAUCUCGUUUUUUGUCGAGCUCACUGCGACGUUCAGUCUCAAAAUCUCUGCCACAAUCAUCUUAUAAGUUCUUCAAAACUUCACUUAGUUUCAUGUGGUUUUAUUGCACGGGAGUACUGGCGGCUACCGCGAAAAUCGAAAUUAUCAAAUAGGGUUGCUUCCAACUUUUUGAAACGCUUGUAAUACGUUCUAUAUUAACCACUCGUAACACCAAGGCCACCCGUUGUCUAUUCUCAGUACAGAAUUUGAUACUCAAGCCGUAGCCAUAUAGGUGGUGGGCAAGCUGUGUAUGCGUGCUUGUGGGUUAUUAACCAACUAAUAAAAUAUGUUUUCUGGAAUAAUUGAGUUAUUUUAUUAUAUCAUAAAGUAGGUAUUCAUUAUCCAUUACAUUUCUAUGAUGUUAUUUUUUAGUGAAGAUAAAUUGGCCCCCACCAAAAUGGCUACGGCUUGAGUAUUAUAUUUUGUACUGAGAACUUGCUAAGAACAAACAACGGGGGGCCUACCGCGAAAACCGCAUAUGGAGGGAUCUUUCUCUUUUACAAAACAUGCUCGUUAGAGGUCCACUAAAGUUAGCUUAUAAAUCCAUAAGAAUUUAUUAAGAUACAAUUCUGCCCUAAGAUUUGUAGAUGGAAACAACCCUAUCUAUCUUUCUUUUAUACUCACUGAUGUGAUUAGAGUGGCAGAGAAGAAUGCCCGCAAUUGACGAACUUCGAUUUUCGCGGUUAUAGCCCGGGACUGGGCGCUAAAAAGACACUUCCGAGGCUAGAGAGGCAAGUCUUGUUAAAGCGUAGCUCAAGAGAAUUCGAGUCCUAACACAGCAUGCAAUUAUAUUCUAACUAACAACAAAGAAUAGAAUAGAGAUAAUGAAAAUUAUACCGUAGAAUUUCAAAUACUUGUGGAGUUUAUAACUUUGUUAAUUUGAAGAAAAAGUUUACUUCAAUGAUUAUCCUAUUCUAACUCUAAGUAGCUACCUGAACGUGUUACCAAUAAAUCUCCACUGGUAACACCGUUGCAUUCGUACGUCACACUGCCGUAGUUGUUUAUCAAUUUCGAGGGCAUAAUUCUUUAAUUCUUUGGAUUUAUAACAAAUGUCUUAUCAAAUUUGCAUAAAAGUCAGUUGAUUAUAAAUAAUGUCGGAUCAAAUACAUACUUACUGUCGCCUUUGUGCAGAAACAACACCAAUAAAACAGCUAAUAUCGGCAGAGGACGAUGUCGCCGUGAGCUCCAAAGUUCUAAAAAAAAUGCAGUGGAUAAACAUAGAUAUUACUUCUACUGUCCUUCCAACAACAAUCUGUUUCUCAUGUUUCGAUUUAUUAGAGAAAACCUGGGCGUUUCUACACAACGCACGCACCGCGCAAGUGAAACUAACGUCCAUUUUUGUGAAGAAAACAGCUGACGAUCAAAACGCAUCAAAAUCUCACGAAACGGAAUCGCAAGACAAGAUUCCCGCUAUAAAACCUGUGGACAUGGAUUGGGAGGACUUUCAGACAACAAAACAAGAGGUUAAAGUAGAAAAUAGUGACCAGUUAGAGCAUAUAACAACUGUAGACGCCAGUACACUCCUUCAACUAGAUUUUCAAGUUAAGUCCGAGCAGCUAAGUGAUAAUGAGCAUUACGACAAUUCAAUCGACUCCGAAGGCUUCUCCACUGACAGCAAUGCUCCGUUAGUUGAGAAAAAGAAGAAGUCUAAACGCAAAAAGGGUGAUUACAAACUGAAUGACUCGGGAGUAUCAUUAACUUGGGAAGAAUACAUGUGCCGCUGUGCUCAAUGUGAUGCUCAGUGUAAGAAUAUGGAAUCCUUACAACUCCACUCCUUGCAAAUACAUUCCUGUUGCUGUGUUUUCAAAUGCUUAGACUGCAAUAAGGUAAUCUCGAGCUACAGAUCCUUUAUAAAUCAUGUACGAACUCAUAACAAAAGUCUGAGACGGUGUUGCGAAUAUUGCAACAAGCGCUUCUCAUCAUCAUCCUGCCUUAAGAAACAUGUCUCCACCACUCACCGAAAGUCGUACCUUACAACAUGUUCCAACUGUGGAAGCAACUUUGAAACCCCGGAACUACUGCAAGACCACAUCAUAAUUUUUUCUAGAAGUCAAAAGAAGCAUCGGAAACAGGAGAUGCUGGAUGCUGACUUAAAAUGUGAGCAUUGUCAUAAAGAGUUUAAAUCUAGAAGUAAUCUGCAGCAACAUAAACUAGUACACAUGGAACGAAAUAGAGAAUUUGCUUGUCAUAUCUGCGGUAAAAUGUUCUUCACUAAAGGAACGCUCAGUACUCAUAUGAAUACACAUGAAGACUCAAAGCCACAUAAGUGUGAGUUUUGCCCAUUAGCUUUCCGAGCCCGUGGUAAUUUAAUAUCUCACAUCAGUCUUCAUUCCGGAGCGAAACCAUUUGUCUGCGAGCAAUGUGGAAAAAGUUUCAGAGUGAAACGGCAUCUGAAAUCACAUUCCAUAGUCCAUACAGAUUUGAUGCCGUAUGUGUGUGAAUUUUGUAAUAAGCAAUUCCGCUUUAAAACUCGUUUAAAUCUCCAUUUAAGACAACAUACAGGAGCCAAACCGUACACAUGUAUAUUCUGUCAAAGAGACUUUACAAAUGGAUCAAAUUAUAAGAAGCAUAUGAAACGUAGGCAUAAUAUUGACACAUCAAAGAAGAAGUUUAACGCUGGUAAGGAUGAGAUGGAUAAUCAGGCAACUAUUCAAGCUGUGCAAGCCACAGUCCAGGCAACAAUACAAGCUAUUCAAGCAACGCAAGCAUAAAUUGCUAGACAAUAGUAUGGUAAAAUAUCUUCGGAGAUAAGAUCUUGAGUUGUAGUAAAAUUGUAUGUGGGUUUCCUAUAGUUGUGCCGUUCGUGAGAACAUUCUUAAUUUACAAAAGGGAGAAUUUUUUGACAACUCUUUCCAACAGAGAAGGCUCCUUAUUCUUGAUCUGCAUUAGGGAUCUUUUUAUCAGAAUUUCUAUUGGAAUUUCUGAUGGAAACAUCCUUAUUGUAUUUGAAGCAUAAGGACUCUUCUGUCAAGGAAGGCCACAUAUACCGAAAUGGGGUUGGAAACUGUGAAAGGUUUUUAUAGAUGGCGCCAGCAUUAUUUUUACCUGUCUCUAUUUUAGUUCUAUGAGAUUUGGCUUAAAGGGCACCAGAAAAAAUAAUUAACGGGUCAAGUGCGAGUCGGAGUCGCGCACGAACGGUUCCUUACCAUUACGCAAAAACGGCAAAAAAAAUCACGUUUGUUGUAUGGGAGCUCCACUUAAAUAUUUAUUCUAUUCUUUUUUUAAUAUUUUUUGUUAUAGCGGCAAAAGAAAUACACCAUCUGUGAAAAUUUCCCGAUUUUACGGUACGGAACCCUAAAAAGAUAAGAUUUUGACACUAUUUGUUAGAUUGAUAGGUUAAAUACUUGGACUAGCCAAUCCCAUUCCAUCUUUGUUUUUGACUACAUUAUAUUUGUUUUUGAGCAAAGCAUUGUUGUAUGUACAAUAUGUAGAUUAGCGGUCUUUUUUUUUUAUACUACGUCGGUGGCAAACAAGCAUACGACCUGCCUGAUGGUAAGCAGUCUCCGUAGCCUAUGCACACCUGCAACUCCAGAGGAGUUACAUGCGCGUUGCCGACCCUAACCCCACCCCCCUCGUUGAGCUCUGGCAACCUUACUCACCGGCAGGAACACACCACUAUGAGUAGGGUCAAGUGUUAUUUGGCUGCGGUUUUCUGUAAGGUGGAGUGGAGGUACUUCCCCAGUUGGGCUCUGCUCUAGAUCUGGAAUGACAUCUGCUGUGCUGUGCCCUACCACACAAGGCGAGAUGACAUUCACAUUGCCCAUACCUCUCUUUUGGACGUAGUUUAAGGACAUACCCAGGUCUUAUAUGUUUACUUGUUUGUGAAUAAUUGAAUAUAUUACUAAUAUGACAACAUUCACUGGCUCAAAUCCUGCUAUGUCAAUUAUUAUUAUUCCAUAUAACAAAUAGUUAUGGGAACAUUGUUCUGUCUUUUUGAUAUUUUUUUUACUAAUUAGAGCCAAGUAAAAUGUGACAUUCCAUGCCUAAAGGGACCUUAUGCAUAUGGAGCACAGGGAUCCUUUGAGCAUGGAAUGCCACAAAUGGGGCUGUUCGGUCGGAGUAUUUAACAGAUGGCGCCAGCAUAGCUUGCCCGGUCAAUCCCUAGAAUUGUGUCAAAUUAUUGUUUUUUUUAUUACCUGGAUUUCAGCACUUUCAAGCCAAAUGUCAUAGAACAAAACUAGAGACAGGUGCAAGCUAUGAUGGCGCCAUCUAUGCAAAACUUUGACAGUUGCCAAAGCCAACCCCAUUAGGCGGGUCCACACAGAGCGAGCAUACGAUCGAGGCAAUUUCACUGGGAAAUUGCCUCGCGCGUAUGUUCGCUCUGUGUGGACCCACCUAAUGUACUGCAUUUGCAUGUAGUCUGAGAAACUAUUGCGCCCUGAGAUAGUUUCGCUACUAACAGCUUACAUAUGGGAUUAAUGUGCGUACUUACGUCUUGUGUAGUCAAAUAAAAUGUCAGUACCAGUCAUGUGCAGCUGGAGGAGGCUUUUACCCAGAGGGGGGAACUAUUAAAAUUAUCUGUGGAAUAACUAAGCACUAAUACAUAAACACAUAAGCCAGUCGUAUAUGUCAACGACCGAUAUCAAAACAUUGUUUAUUCCAAAUGUCCUUCUUUGAUGUAAAUAAUGUAUUAAAAAUAUUUAUGGGAAUCUUUACGGCAUUUUUGUGAUAAAAUCAGCUACGAAUCGUUGAAAUUCAGUUACGAAUAUGUUGGUUAUUACAAAAAACAAUUGUCAAUCAGACUUUGUUCAUAAUCAUUAUUGAACUAUUAUUACUUCGUAUAGAACCGGCACAGAGAACCAGUAUUUUGCGCCAUGAGUUGUCGGCCGACAACAAACUUGGAAGCGGAGCGUGAAUCUCGCGACCUAAACGCGUAAGCGCCAUGAAUUUCACGGCGCUUACGACGUUUUGGUCGAGUGGUACAGAUUGGGAUUGAUACAAUUUUAUUGUUUGCUAUGGUUUCUCUAUAUGAAGUAAUAAUAACUCCAUGUUCAUAAUGUAAUUUAUAGUACAGUCAGCGUCAAAUACUUAGUAGCAACCA